CUGUUCCAGACUUCCUGAAUGAGUUUGAGAGUUUUCUAACCGAUUUAUCAGUCCUUCCAGGCAAAUUACUUGUGCUUGGAGACUUCAACUUCCACGUGGAUCUACCUGCCAAACCAGACGUCAGUGCCUUUCUUCAAGCGACAUCCUCCGCCAGUCUUCAUCAGCAUGUCAUAGGUCCAACUCAUUCGCAUGGUCACACAUUGGACUUGGUAUUCACAAGAGAGACGGAAUCCUUAAUUAAGAAAUGUAAUAUCUAUGAUGUACAAAUGUCUGAUAAUUUUGUUAUUGAUGUUCAAUUAGACAUACCUUUACCGCAACCACAAAAGAUUCUCACAAUAUCUCGAAAUUUUAAAGCAAUCAACAAGGAAAUAUUCUUGACAGCUUUGUGUGAGUCAAUUUUGGAUUUUAACCACCAAGGAGAUCCUGAAUCUGGGUUCAAGUGGUACAAUGAAACUAUGCAAUCACUUCUGGACGAAUCUGCCCCUCCAACCUCAAAAGAACGCCCUGUACGACGAAGGAUGCUGUGGUACAACGAUGACAUUCAUUUGGCACGUCGUGAGAAACGUCGAGCAGAACGAAAAUGGAAAAAGACUAAAUCUGAUGUUGAUCGAGAUGAAUUCUUGGACAAACAACGUUAUUCAUCAAAUCUGAUUUGUCGCACAAAGAUAGCGUAUUUUCAUAGUACUCUAUCCUCGUGUGAAAAUAAGGAUCUCUACAAGACAGUUGAUUAUUUGUUGAAUAGAAAGAUACCAUCUCUUCCUGUACACGACUCAGUUGAGACAUUAUGUAAUAACUUUUUAACAUUCUUUGGUGAUAAAAUAAAGAAGAUUCAGGGCAGCAUUAAUGAUGAACAGCACAUUUCUACAUUUGAUCCGGAUAUGUAUAAUCAAGUGCAUGUAAAAUCAUUUUCGUGUUUAGAUCCUACAACUGAAGAUGAGUUAUUGAAAAUUAUUCUGGCUUCUCCUAGUAAGUCAUGUAGUUUGGAUCCCAUUCCAACUUGGUUUUUAAAAGAACAUGUACAUUGUCUUCUUCCUGUAUUGACAAAUAUUGUUAAUUCAUCAUUACAAACAGGUACAUUCCCUUCUGCAGCUAGGUCAGCCAUAAUUAGACCUCUUAUCAAGAAGCAAAAUCUUGAUAAAGACUGCUUGUCAAAUUAUAGACCUGUGUCAAAUUUAAGUUUCUUGGAAAAGCUCAUUGAGAAAGUUGCUUGUCGUAGACUCACGGAUCACAUGAAUGAAAAUAGAUUGUGGGAUCCUAACCAAUCUGCAUAUAGACCCUAUCAUAGUACUGAAAGCGCACUUAUCAAAGUAAAAAAUGAUAUUCUGUCUGCUAUGGAUAAAGGUCGAGUAGUUUUAUUGUUGUCAUUAGAUCUUUCAGCAGCCUUCGAUACUAUUGACCGUCAUAUUUUAAUAUGUCGGUUAUCAACAAGGAUCUGUAUUUGGACCCAUAGGAUAUACUAUAUAUACUUUGCCUGUCCCAGACAUCGCUAGACAUUAUAACGUUUCAUAUCACACUUACGCUGAUGAUACACAGUUGUAUGUUACAUUUAACCCUAAGCAACCUAAUGGCUUAAAUACUGCAUUAAAAACUCUUUCAGAUUGUGUCACAGAUAUAAGUAUGUGGAUGGGAAGGAAUAAGCUUAAACUAAAUGAGGAAAAGACAGAGUUUUUGGUAAUCGGCUCCAAACACAACUUGGGAAACAUUAAUGAUGCUAAUCUUACAUUCGGAACCACCCAGAUUGCACCAUCUACUUCGGUCAAGAACCUUGGUGUCAUUUUUGAUUGCAAUAUGUCCAUGUCUAACCAAAUAGACCAGCUUUGUAAAUCUGUACGAUAUCAGUUGAAGAAUGUAUCACAGAUUAGGAAGUAUGUAUCUGAAGAUGCAUGUCAUCAUGUGAUUCGCAGCCAUGUUCUUUCCCGGUUGGAUUAUUGUAACGGGUUGCUUACAGAAGUCCCUCAAACAUAUAUAAGAAGACUUCAAAGUUUACAGAACUGGGCGGCUCGUAUUAUUUUUCGUUUAGACCGUCGUCACGAUGCCAUGCCUCUACUAACAUCCCUUCAUUGGUUGCCAAUCAAACAGAGGAUUGUUUUUAAGAUUAUUUUAUUUGUAUACAAAUUUUUUCAUGAUCAGGCACCAGAGUAUUUUAGUGACUGUCUUGAGUUGUAUCAACCUGUACGUACAAACCUUCGCUCCAAUGCAGACCCCUUUCGACUGACAUUUCAUGUGGCUCGUAGUAAGGCAGGAGAUCGCACAUUCACUGUUGCAGCAGCUAAGGAGUGGAAUAAACUUCCCUCCAGUAUCAAAGCUGCUGCAUCAGUGGAUGUUUUUAAGAAACUCCUUAAAACCUAUUUAUUUCCUA